AUGGCCUCCCGUUCAGCAUUCGCAAGAUUGGCGCCCGUCCUGCGACAAGCUCGCCCAGGCGCCUCGCCCUUGAAGCGCAGCAGCCCAAUCCUCUCAGCUCUCCAACAACAACCACGACAACAACCAUCCCUCCUACAACCCACAAUCGCCGCCCGCUUCGCUCACACAGUCCCCAAACCCAAAGCAGCGCGCGAAGCCGAAGCAAAGACACCCGCCCAAAUGCGCAUGGAGACCUCGCCGCACUACCAGCUCGACUUCACCUGCGUGCCGUGCGACACCCGCUCCCGACACAAAGUCUCAAAGCAAGGCUACCACCACGGCUCCGUCCUCAUCACCUGCCCGUCGUGCCGAAACCGUCACAUCAUCAGCGACCACCUGGGCAUCUUUGGCGAUCGCAAGGUCACUGUUGAGGACCUGAUGCGCGAGAAGGGCAGGCUCGUUAAGAGGGGCACGUUGGGUGAGGAUGGCGAUAUCGAGUUUUACCCUGAUGAGAGCGCUGCUGGUGGUGGUGCUGAUGCUGAGGCUCAGGCUGCGGAGGUGAAGAAGGAUGGGUCUGCUUGA